AUGACCAUCCGUCCCUUCAAACAAGUCGAUCAAGACGCAGCUGCUGGUAACGCCCUCACCUUCCCCUCGGCUCUUGGAAAGGACGACCAACUGCUCAGGUCCCUGGACAUCUCGUCUAAGCCCUUGCCUACCCUUCCUAGAGUCUCGCUUAGUGUAUUCCUGAAGAACGUUCCCAAAUCAGCCAUCAAGGCCAGGCUGCCUCGCCCCCAACAGCGCAUCGAGUCGUUGGAGCAGAGACUCAACGCAUACAUAAACAUGGCUACAGGAAAGUAUAAGGCUCUCAUGGCGGGUAUCCACUGGGAUGCAAAGGAGUAG